AUGGACAUACUUGAAUCGCUAUUUCAAACGAAAAAUGCCAAUUUUAUUACGAACAAAGAUAUAAAAGAAGAAGAUGAGAUUGCCGAUGAAGCAGAAUCUGGCAGCGAUGAAGCGGAUGCUGAGGAACAAAAUGGCGAGCCGCCACCGAAAAGAGUAAAACGGGAACCAAAGCAGCAGAUUCUAGCUAAUCGAAGGAGUCGGCCAGAACGAGGGAAAUUCACGAUACUCGAUGGCACAUCAGUUGCUGAACCGGAUGAGAUUCUCGACAUAGACUUCGAUGCUGACCUACUUCAGAGGAUAUUCCGUGAUUCCCGUGUAGGUAUUCAAUUUUUGGCCCGAUAUGGUAUCAUUCCUAAUACGAGGGAAUGCAAAAUCGAAAGCUGUCCGGUGAGUUGGGCUCUGACUUUCAAUAUCCUCCCAGGGGACAAUCCGAAGAUCUUUCAGUGG